AUGGCAGAAUGGAAAGAUCGUGAGCGUCCUGACACAGCUGUAUUAUUUGACGUUGAUGGCACUUUGACUCCCGCUCGAAGGCCCGUAAGCAAAGAAGUCUUGGAAGUACUUAAAGAUCUGAGAAAGAAAGUAGUGAUUGGUUUUGUUGGUGGUUCCGAUAUUAGUAAGCAACAGGAACAGCUUGGUGCUCGAGUUAUUGAAGAUUUUGAUUUUGCAUUCGCGGAAAAUGGGCUCACAGCUUAUAGACUUGGAAAACAGCUAUCUUCCCAAAGUUUCAUUGGGUGGCUUGGAGAAGAGAAGUAUGCCAAUUUGGCCAAUUUCAUCCUUAGGUACAUUGCGGACCUUGACAUUCCCAGGAAACG